UGGAUCUGGAUCGGUGGUCCUGGUCAGCGUCCAAUCAAGCUUGGAAAAGACCAGCGAACGUGUAACAACGGUGAAUGCAAAAAAGUGAGAGUGCGAUGGAUUAUGGGCCUGUCGAGAAGAUUUCGAGGCGGGACGAGAGGUUAGUGAUGACGAGGAACAUCGGCAAGGACGACACGGUUCGUUGUCGUUUGGACUAUCCGAAGUAAUGAGCUGGCGACUCGGGCGGACUGGUUCUUAGUGUGUGUUCGGUUCGGUGAGACCGGUUAUCGGGGGAAGAUGAGAGAUAAUCUCGUACCUGGUCGUGGCAAACCUGGUCAUGAACUGGCCUGAACAGUGUCCGUCGGCAAAGAAACCGGGGGAAGAGUACUCUGUGCUCGAAUCGGAGUAGCGCGCGAAAGAAUUUCCAAGUUCUCGCCGCCGGGAAGUGUGUGUGUGUGCGUGUGUAUCGAGACACAGAUAGAAUUCAGAGACACUAUGCGAUUGAGACGUCGGGGUUUGCUUGUCGACGAUCUACAGACAGCCAAUGAUCGGACAGGUGCCCAGUGCCAAGACGAUGGUCCCUCCAGGCAACUCGCAGCGGAUGGAAUCCGUUAGGUAGGUACGUCGAACGAUCACCGACAACGCUCGUCUGACCUUGUCGAGUAGAUUGAGAGACAAAGCGAAAGCGAAAAGAGUCCCUGAGCACUCGUCAUGACGAGGUCGAAGACUCGAAGAAGCGACAGGAUUUAGCUUUCUUCGUGCCGAUCGAUUCGGCGAAAGAACGCCGAGGAGACGAGAUCUUGCCGAGGAAGGGAAGAAAUUUGAAAAAAGAGAAAAAGAGAAAGAAGAAACGAGAGAGAAAGAAUCAUGUCGAGCACGCCACCGGAAUCGUCCAUCGGUUUAGAGUCGAACGAUCUCCACGAGAUCAGACAGAAUCGCGCGGCGACCCGAUCGGAGCCCGAGGACUCCGAGAAACGGGAUCAGACACGAGGAAGUGACGGCAACAAUCCUGACAGCGAUUGCGAGAGCGACACCAGCGAGGUGUUGAGCGUCGGUAGCGAACCGACGCCCACCAGCGUCGUUGGAAUCCGUGGUUGCGACUCGGUCAGGUACGACCACGAGUCGGCGAGCAGUCGCGGCGACUUUCGCGACGAGGAGAACACGAGGACAUCGGCGACGCCGUCUCCUUCCAGUUCGACGAGCUGCAACGACGCGUUCUAUCAGCGAACCGUUAAUCACAUCUCGGCGCCGAGUCCACCGGCCUACAGUCAACCACCGUCGCCUACGGCCUCCUCCGUCAGGUCACCGGCUUCCUCUUCGGCCACUGCCUCGUCCCCGGGUCGGCCCGAGGCCAUUCAAGACGUCAUAGUGCCCAGGUAUCAGUCGAAUCAUCCCGCGCACUUGCUACCACGAUAUUCGUCGAGGGAGACCGAGAUACCCGAUUAUCCGGCUCGAGUUCAGCACAGCCUGAGCCACGAGAUCGUCUACCCGACCGUCGAGAGGCUUCAUCGGACUCCGAUCAGCGUUCCUCUAGUGACCAGACUGUCGUUGUCACCACCGUCGGCUAUGACGGUCACCGGCUUGCAAGCGACCACCCCUGUCCUCCAUCCAACCGCCUGCAGAGAUCCACGUGAGACGGCCUCGCUGAUGCCUCAUCCUGGCCAGCAUUUGCACCACGUGAACAGCCACCUUCACCUUCAUCAAACGUCCCAGGUGCAACACGUACCGGCCAACUCGGUGCAUCAGCAUCGACUCUCGGUCAGCAAGAUCCUUCAGAGGGAGCCUGGCAGCCCUGCCUCACCCGGGGCCAGAGACGAGAACGGCAGAACGAUGCACGGCGCCAACGGCGUUCAGAAUAACGGUGUCAAUAACACCAAUCAUCAUCACAACAACCAUAGUAACAACAACAACAACAAUAACAACAACAACAACAACAACAAUAAUCUGCAGCAUCAGGCUGGCUUGAAGUUCAGCAUAGACAACAUACUAAAGGCGGACUUUGGCAGAAGGAUCACCGACCCGAUUUCGUUGAAGAAAUCUCGGCCGAAGAAGGUCAGCUCGAGGCCCAUCGACCUGACCAAGGAUUUCCUCGAGUCGGCCACCGAGACCGCCACGGAGAAGAGCAGCUCGGAAACGAGCUCGACGACCAACGCCACGUCCGGCGGCGGUGUGACGACCGGGAAUCCAGCCUCGAACACGCCCGGACCACCUGGGACCAAUCCCGGCAAGCAGUUACCGUGGCCUGCCUGGGUCUACUGCACCAGAUACUCGGAUCGACCUUCCUCCGGACGAAGAUCCUACCGUGUUGCAGGUCCGCGCACGAGAAGGGUGAAGAGGUCGGACGGCCGUGGUAAUGGCGGCACCCCCGAGGAGAAGCGGCCGCGGACCGCGUUCAGCGGCGAGCAAUUGGCCAGGCUGAAGAGGGAAUUCGCGGAGAAUCGAUACCUGACCGAACGAAGGAGGCAGCAGCUAUCGAGGGAUCUGGGUCUGAACGAAGCGCAGAUCAAGAUCUGGUUUCAGAACAAGAGGGCGAAGAUCAAGAAGGCCAGCGGCCAGAAGAACCCGCUGGCCCUCCAGCUGAUGGCCCAGGGUCUUUACAAUCACUCGACGGUGCCUCUGACGAAGGAGGAAGAGGAACAAGCGGCCGAACUUCAAGCGAAGUGACGACAAUAGGAUCGAUCGAGUAACUGCGCCUAAAUCCAUCGACGAGGCUCGUUCGUCUCGAGACCUCGCCGAGAGUGAACUUCACCGCGUUGAAUGUCGGUCGCUGGAGGAUGAGAAUGUGUCGUUGACGGAAUAUCCGGCGAAUGGCGAUGGAAACGAGAGUGAGAGAGAGAGAGAGAGAGAGAGAGAGCAAAUGUAUGCGUUAGUCUUAGAUUAUUUAACGUUCCUCCUGUAAAUUUUCUGCGAAUGAUUAUUACCGAGAUCAAAAAAAAAAAAAAAGAAAAAAGAAAAAGAAAAAAAGAACUUGUGCUCCAAAGAUCGCGUUUCUUCGUUUGAAACGUCUUCGUCUUGUUUUCGAUUUACCGAAAUUCGAAAAUGACCGAACUCGAAGGUCGAAUUGAGUCUGACGGAGGUUCGUAGGUUGGGUGUUUGUAAUUUCUACGUUUGCAAAAUUGAGUUUAUUUAUUACUUCGUGAAGACAAAUUCAGUGCCACCGGACGGCGACUAUUAUUUGAACGAUUGCUGAACGAAUUUGGACGAUUCGUUCUUUUAGAGCUUCCCGUCGUAACCUCGAGAUCGAUGAAACCCGCGUCGCAACGAAUCCCGCGAGAGGAAAGCUCACGAGUUACCGGCGUUAAGAAUCGAAUGAUGGUGGUCGUGCGCGCGACGAUACGCAACGAUAGCUAUCAUUCAAUAUCGUUUGUAAGGGAGGAAUCAGCACGCACGUUCCUAUGUCGUGAAUAAUAAAAAUGUCGUAUUUAAAUCUGAGGGAAUGAACAGAAUAUAUGAAUAGUCGAUCGAUCGUCGCAAUUACACGCGCGAAUCGCGUCAAGUCAUGGUGAAAUGGGUUGUACAGUGCCAUUUGUACAGUUUUCUCGCGAACACAAUAGAUCGAAGAUAAAACGUAUAAAACAGUCAUCGUUCUUUGAUAAAGGAACCAGUAUUCGAAAGAGAGAGAGAGAGAGAGAGAGAGAGAGAGAGAGAGAGAGAGAGAGAGAGAAACGAAUGAAGAAACUUCAACCGUGACAAGAAUGUGAAUAAUAAGAGAGAAAGAGAGAGAAUGUAAGAGUGAAUGUAAAAUUCUAGUUUCGUUCCGUUAAUUUAUUGUAAAAAUGUAAGAUAUCGUACGAUUGCGAUGUGCAAUAGAAAAUGUUACACAUAUACAUAUGUACGAGGAGCAGUAAAUAGUACGAAGAAAAUUGAUAAAUCUCGUCGUGUAAAUAAAAUGCAACUUAGCGAGAACGUUGGGUCUCGAUAGACUGUUUAAAAAUAACUUAGUUAUUUAUUUACUAUACUAAUACGAAAGGUUCGAUACAACGUCGAGCACUUAUACCUUGUAAGAAUUAUUUAAAGAUCGAAUUAAAUAUUCCCACUAUCACGA